CGGCGCCGCCUCAGUGAGAGGCGACGAACCAGCAGGUGUAGAUGUAACAAAUAUGCGCAAGAGAACAGCGACGCUCUGCUGGAUUCUCCUGGGCCUUGGAAUCAUGUGUGCGGAGGACAAGGAUAAAAAGAUCACCAAGGAAACAGUCAAGAAAGGAUCAGGCAAGUAUGGCCAUGUCUUCCCAAGACCCAUAGACAGCUCUGGAACAUGUAUUCGAGGUUGGGGUGACCCUUACUGGUGCGGACCAAAGUUGGAGGAGGUGUGUUACGAAGGCGACUCCAAGGAGGACAUGGCCUGGAACGUGGACGAACGCGACAAGGGCAAGCAGAACCAGGAGCACGAGAAGAAGACCACUGCGAAGCCGAAGGAGGAACACAAAAAGGAGGACAAAAAGCCGGCACCCUCCGCCACGGAGAAACCCAAAGUCGACAACUCAGCGUGCCAAAAGGACUUCGACAGCGGCCCGUGCUUCAGCUCGAAGCCCAUGUACUACUACCGCAAGGAGAGCAAGAAGUGCGAGAUGUUCGUCUACGGAGGAUGCGGUGGCAACGACAACCGCUUCGACACGCAGAAAGCCUGCGAAGAAAAGUGCGCCCGCGGGUGAAGGACUGCGAGACAGCGCGCAAAAAAAGAUGGUGUCCACAGAACAGUACAGUGCAAGACGAAAGUCAUGCCCUCUAUAUAAUGGAUUUGGUCUUUUUAACGGAGGUCUGGAUGACUUCCAUUGCUCAAUUUUCGGGGCAAUCUCCAUGAAUUAGUUGGAUUUUUUUUUGCGCGGAAACCUGUAUAAUGUCUAUGCGAAGAACGUGGAAUUUACAUACUUUUUGUCGCAGGUCGUCUAUAUACUUUAUGCAGCCAACCCAGUUGGGGCUCACUCGAUCAACACAGGCAAACUUAAGUUGGCUAAUAAGGACCUUUGUCUGUGACUAAUCUCUCUUUAUUUUCUAGAAAUAAAGGUACGAGAGCGCAAA